GGUUGUCAGUUGCUGCAUGUGGCGCCAUGUGAGUGCAGAGUAACAGAGAACGGUGAAGAGCUAAAUGUAUUCUGCAAGCUUUUCAGCGUCAUAUAAACAUAAUAGUAUCUCGUCAGGCAGCUCUUUUGCGUGUUAAAGCGUGUAUACAUAUAUGGUUUAGCCGUUGUGCGUUCCGCUGUCAUCUGUGGUUUAGAGAUGUUGUAUUUCAUCGGUCUUGGUCUGGGCGAUUGUAAAGACAUCACUGUUAAAGGUUUAGAGAUCGUCCGGCAGUGUAGUCGCGUUUAUUUGGAGGCUUACACGUCCAUACUGACCGUCGGGAAGGAAGCUUUGGAGGAGUAUUAUGGGCGCGAGUUGCUGCUGGCCGACAGAGAUAUGGUGGAACAACAGGCGGAUGAGAUCCUGAAGGGAGCAGAUGUCAGUGAUGUGGCGUUUCUAGUGGUUGGUGAUCCUUUUGGAGCAACGACCCACAGCGACCUGGUUCUGAGAGCGUUGAAUGCUGGGAUUCAGUAUCGCGUUAUUCACAAUGCCUCCAUCAUGAACGCGGUGGGCUGCUGUGGAUUGCAGCUGUACAACUUUGGGGAGACGGUGUCUAUUGUGUUUUGGACGGACACAUGGAGACCUGAGAGCUUCUACGAUAAGAUCAAGAAGAACAGGGACAUGGGCCUGCACACGCUGUGCCUGCUGGAUAUCAAAGUCAAAGAGCAGUCCAUGGAGAAUUUAAUGAGGGGUCGAAAGAUUUACGAGCCUCCCAGAUACAUGACUGUCGCUCAGGCAUCUGAGCAACUCCUGGAGAUACUACAGAACCGACGGGAUCGGGCUGAAGAACUGGCAAUGACUGAAGACACGGUGUGUGUUGGUCUGGCUCGGGUCGGAGCUGAGGACCAGACCAUCCGUUCUGGUACACUGCAAGAGUUGGCAUCGAGUGAACUGGGAGGACCACUUCACUCAAUGAUCAUCAGCGGACACCUUCACCCUCUGGAGGUGGACAUGUUGAAACUCUUCAGCGGUCCUGAGGGAUUGAAGACUUUGAAGAUGACCGAUAGUUCCACAUACAUUUCUUGAUAUCCAAGAAGCUUCUGCUCUUCAUAAAAAAAGUUCCUUUUCCAGUGCUCCUGGCCGGAGGGUCAGGAGAGCACGCAAAUGACAUAAUUGUUAUUCCAGAACAAAUUUGACCACUUUAACCUUUAAGCACUGGUCAGGCCAGGGUUGAAUUUCAUUACAAGAUUUAGAUUGGGAGUGGGACGAUUAUUUUGACGUGUGGCAGUCAUGUUCUUGCUGUCAAACAAAGUAAAUGAUGGAAUUAAAAUAGAGGAAAUGGAAAAGGUUAUUGUGGACCAACUGCAUCUGGGUUGCAUUAGUGCCACUGAAAUUAAGCUUUCUUCAAAAUUGGCAUAAUGUUUCAGUACCAAGAGCCUUUCUUAAUGGAACUUUCUCAGCAAGAAUGUAAAUAAGAUAAAAGCAGAAGCUAAGAUUCCUUUGAGCAUGUCAUAAUGGAUGAAGAUUGAUUUUCGUAAAAUAAAGACACUCAUUUCGUCGCCACUGAUCACAUCGACGCCCUA